GACCCUGUUAACUAUUGUUUCUUCAUCUCCUGUCACUGCUUAGCUAGCUAGCUAUGUAGCUAGUUGAUGCGCUCGGAGCCAAGUUAUUUUGUCCAUGAGGCUGUGCGUCAUAAAUUGCGGGUCCAAAACAGAUGCUGGAUGAAAAAGUGACAAGAGCAGCGAAGUGAAGCAUGCAUCUGCAAUGAACGACGCAGGAAAACAUUUGGGGAUUUGGACGACGCCAGUCGGGGAACUUUGGGGAGAUUUAUUUGAUUUUUCCCGGCUUCCUCAACACCUUUAUUGGCGUUGGCUUGGACGACAUGGCCAGUCCACUGCAGAGCGAUUUGUGCUAUGCGUGGGAAAAGUACAUGGACUGUAGGCUUCAAGGAGCAGAUCUGCAGCCACACACCUCCUCAAGGUUUGGGUGAAGUUGUCCCACCCGCUGCCCCUGCUUCACCCUGGUCACCCUCCAGAGUCUAGAGAGUUUCCUGUGUCUCUUCCACUAUGUGCAGCAUCACCCUCUUCACACUAAAGAUGCACUGAAAUUCUGCUCAGACAUGAGUGGGGCCAGUAACACACUGGCGAGGGAGUUCCUGACUGACGUACACCAGCUAUGCAGCGCGGUGGCUCAGAGAGCGGAGGCACGGGAGGAAGAUGAGGAGGAAAGUCAUAUGGUUGCACUUGGAGAGUACCUGGUCAGAGGAAGGGGAUUUCUGUUGCUUAGCACCCUGGAUUCCAUCAUUGACCAGGAGUUGACUUGCCGAGAGGAGCUGCUCACUUUGCUGCUGUCUCUACUCCCUCUGGUUUGGAAGAUCCCUGUACAGGAAGAAAAAGCUCCAGAUUUCACCCUGCCGUCUCUAUUAGAAGUCUUCCUCAGCCGGGAGGUAAAAGCCGUGCCUCUCAGAGCAGGACAAAAGACUGGGAUAGAUGAACAGGAAUCUGGAAAGAGGCCACGUGUUGGCAGCGGCACCUGGAAAUCAAGGAGGUCACGCAGAACAUCCCAGAAAUACUCUGUCAAGGAUGCCCGGCGGUCCCAGGUUUCUACCUCAGAUUCAGAAGCCAACACUGAAGACAAGGCAGGCCCAGGUGGCUCAAGGAGCAGAAGGUCACAUGGCUCUACCAUCCGAGUAAGCUGUCAACAUCAUCGUUUGGAAGCUACACAGUUAACAGCCACAGCAACCACCAACACAGAAACCAUGAGUGCACCAUACCCUCAUCCCAGGGUCCAUGGAUCACAGACAAUGGACACUGAAACCCUAACAGACCCAGCUGCCAUGUCAAUAUUCAACCGCAUGGAGAACUCACCCUUUGAUCUAUGUUACGUCUUACUUUCGUUAUUGGAAAAAGUGUGUAAGUUUGAUAUGAGCAUCAAUCACAAUCCCGGCCUGGCAGUCAGUGUUGUACCAACUCUCACUGAGAUCCUGACUGAGUUUGGAGAUUGUUGUGGUCCAGGAGGCGGUGGUGGAACAGGGGCAGAGGAGCUUGCUGGGGGCUGGACAGAAGAGCCCAUUGCACUGGUCCAGAGGAUGCUACUACGCACCAUCUUGCACCUGAUGUCAGUUGAUGUCGGUCAAAGUGAAACCCUCCCAGAUAGCCUCAGACGCAGCCUAACUGAUCUGCUACGAGCUACGCUAAAAAUCCGAAGCUGUCUAGACAGGCAGACAAACCCAUUUGCUCCUCGACUGAAGAAAACCCUGCAGGAAGUCCAAGAUGAUUUCUCUUUUUCGCGUUUUCGCCACAGAGCACUACUGUUGCCUGAGCUUCUAGAAGGUGUACUGCAAGUUCUUCUGGGUUGCCUGCAGGCCUCUACACCCAACCCGUUUUUCUUUAGCCAAGCACUAGAUCUCAUCCACGAAUUUGUCCAACACCGUGGUCUGGAGCUGUUUGAAGCUACAGUGCUGCGGUUGGAGGAACUUGGGAGGGCCAGGGAUUCAGAAGUAGGAGGCGAGGCAGCAGAGAGGCUACGAGGUCUAAUUGCAGGGGUCUUCAAGAUCAUCAGUGCUGUCAAGAAAGCAAAGUCGGAGCAGCUGCAUCAGUCUGUGUGUGCUCGACGACGUCACCGUCGCUGUGAAUAUUCCCACUUCCUGCAUCAUCACAGAGAUCUGUCGGGUUUGCCUGUCUCUGCUUUUAAGAAGGCUGCCCGGGGCAACCCUUUUGAGGAGGACGGUGAAGGAAAGGAAGGGAUGGAGGGUGAUGCAGUGCGUUACCCUGAGCGCUGCUGCUGCUUGGCUGCCUGUUCUCACCAAUGUCUGCGCCUCCUGCAGCGCUUGUCCCCUAAUGGACCAGCUGUGUUGCAGGUACUGGCCGGGGUGCAGGCUGUUGGUAUCUGCUGUUGCAUGGACCCUCGUUCCGUAAUAAGACCACUGUUGGAUGCCUUCCAAGCACCAGGUCUGCGAAGUUACCAGUCUCAUGUUCUGAGUGUUCUGGGCAGACUGAUCCUAGAACAGCUUGGUGGGGGACAGCCCUCAGAGAGAGCAAAGCUUGCUUCUUGUAACAUUUGCACUCUGGACCAGAGUCAGUUGCCAGGCCUGGAGGAGACACUGCAACAUGCGGAAACUUCAGCUCUUCCUACUAGCCUGUGCUACCGCUCCCAGGGGAUCCUGCCAAGUGGAGGGGGCGCGGAGGACAUGCUGUGGAAGUGGGAUGCUCUUGAGGCUUACCAAGAACUAGUGUUUGGAGAGGACCGACAGCUGAGCCAGCAGGUAGCUGGUCAUGUGUGCCACCUGACACUGCGCGGCAAUGCUGUUGUGCAGUGGCAGCUCUACACGCACAUCUUCAACCCUGUGCUGCAGCGAGGAGUAGAGCUAGCCCACCAUGCACAACAGCUUGGGGUUUCUACAGUUUGCACCCAAGUCUGCAGCUAUCACACUCAGUGCCUGCCUGUGGAGGUACUGCUCAUAUACCUGCAAGCAUUACCUGCCCUCCUUAAAUCGAGGGUGAUUCGAGAUCUGUUCAUCAGCUGCAAUGGGCUCAACCAGAUGACAGAACUGGUGUACCUUGACCAGACAUGCUCUUUAGCUUUGAAGGUAUUUGAGACCCUAAUAACUACAUUCGGACACCAGCAGGCAGAAAACGUCCUGCAGGAGCUGGAGAUUGCAGUUGCCGAACAGAAGCAGACAGUCUCGAACCUGGCUGAGGAUCUGGGGUCAAGGGGAUCUGGGGAAGGCCCGCAGAGCCUCAGCAAGUUCUAUGAAGGGCUAAAGGAGGCAUAUCCACAUCAUAAGAGUCGUAGUGGGCAGGGGCGAGGAGCAAGACGCAGCCAAGCAGAGACCCACCUUCAUGUUAUUAACCUCUUCCUCUGUGUUGCUUUCCUGUGUGUUAGUAAAGAGGCUGAUUCUGAUCGUGACUCAGCUAAUGACUCUGAGGAUACUUCAGGAUAUGACAGUACAGCCAGUGAGCCCCUGGGUGGGCGCUUGGCUUACCUGUCCCCAGACAGCGUGACUUUGCCAUCCAAAGAGCAAGUAAGACGGGCUGCAGAUGUUUGGUCGGUGUGCCGGUGCGUCUAUCUGGCCAACCCUUUGUUCCAGAGGCAGUUCUUCAGACUAGGGGGGUUGGAUGUCUGUUUGCGCCUUAUGAGCAUGGUUAUUCAGAAGCUUUCCUGCAAAAAUAAGGAUGGCAAAGCAAAGAAGAAGAAGGAAUUCAAGGCCAAAAGUAGCCCAGGGUCCACAGUCCCUUUCAGCCUGCUUGGAGUAGAUGAGCCAAGUCACGAUUCAGUUAACUGCACUGCUCCAGCUGAGGGGAAGACCAGAGAUCCGACAAAAAGACAGGAGGAAGAGUGGCAAUUGCAAAGUAUCCGCCUUCUUGAGGCAUUACUGGCUAUUUGUCUACACAGUGCCAAUUUAGCCCUGCAGAGGACAGACUCAGAGCUUUCUUAUCAGCUCCAGUCAGUGGAAGAUACCCUAUUAGAGGUGAGAGACCAGCUCUCUCGCUCAGGGGUGGUAAGCUCUGACCUCGCUGUGCCGCUGUUUGAUUCUCUUCUGAGAGUGGCCUUGGCCAACAUCUCAUUCUCUCCCGAUCCCCCUGAGGAGAAGCCAGACAGGAAACUCCAAGUGUUGGCAGAGGGGGCGGCCCCAGCAGGCGAUCUAUCAGAGGAGGUGGACGGUGUUCAGAGCUGUGGCAUCAAGCCCCCCGGGGAGGAGGAGGAGGAGGGCUACGACGCUGACAGCGAAAGCAACCCUGAGGACAUGGUCAACCAGGAAGAGGGAUUUAAGGUGGAGUCUGUGCAAGGGGAGUUUGCAACAGUGGCAGACGGGCCUGGGCGUGGCGUGCUGCUUUUCCCAGAGAUCUGUACAGUUGAGCUACAACUUCUGGCCACUGGGUCCCCAGACCUGGAGGUCCUGAGUCAUGUGUUUCACAGCCUUCUCGGUGCUGUCCGCGCCAACCACCGCAAUGCUGCUCUGCUUUAUGACCAGGGAGGGGUCAAAACCAUCCUGUCUGGCUUUCAUAACAUCCUUAGCCAAGCGGACUCUUCCCUUAUAGACUGCCAGACCGUUAUAGUGGAACUGCUGGUUGCCAUGGUGCGCCAGCGAAUCACAGCAGAGGAACUGGCCCUCUUGAUUCGUCUCUUCCUGGAUAAGACUCCACCUACUGAGAUUUUACUGAAGGGUAUCUUACAAAUUGUUGAAGCCAACGUGAACAUAGAACCGCUUUACCAGCUGGACUUUCCAAUAACCCUCGGGGCCUUGACACCGGGAGGAGUGUCCCCUAGCUGUAGGGCAAAUGGUACUGCUGGGGGGAAAAGUGUUGGUCUGCUCUGGAAGGGCAAGCUGUCUCCUGGCCGCAGGGAGGGAGAUAGCGAAUUGAGACCGAGUCACCUGUGUUCCUCUCCCUGGAACACGGCACCUUUACACUUACCCCUGGUAGGGCAGAACUGCUGGCCUCACAUGGCUAGUGGCUUCAGCGCCUCCAUGUGGCUAAGGGUGGUAGAGCAGGAGGAAAAAGAGGGGAACACAGAAAAAGGUGAGAAACUCAUCAUUUACCAAAAUGCAUUGAUGCCCGGUCUGUUAAUUGAAAUGUUUGUUUUUUUUAUUACUCUUUUUCCAGAGAAGAGGAACAUGCCUGCAGUUGAUUCUCACCAUGGCUCGCCUCAGGCUGGGCGAAGAGUAGUGGAGGAAAGCCUCAUUCAUAUUCUAUCCAUGGGCUCUAAAGCACUAAUGCUUCAAGUGUGGGCAGACUUCUCUACUGGAUCACUCACAUUCAGGGUUUGUAUCGACCCAAACGACGAGAUCAAAGCAGGGCUUUUGGCUCAGGCAGAGUCUGGUGAGGGACUUUUCCAGCCCGGCCAAUGGCAGCACCUCGGUCUCACUUAUACCCAGCAGCCUGAGGGUAAAAAGAACAUCCAUGGCCGUGUGGUUGUCUGGGUGUGUGGCAUCAUGAAAUGUGAAGUUUUCUUGGACUACACUUUGCCCCGAAAGUCCAGUUUAUCCUCUGACAGCAACAAGACGUUCUGUAUGCUGGGCCAUUGUAUAGCAUCCUCUGAGGAGGUGUCUAAACAACAGCGUGUACACUGGAGCAUGGGAACAGUGCUCCUCUUCAAUGGUGCCAGAGUAGGUUCUGAUGAGGCCUUCUUCCUGUACACGAGCGGGCCCGACCUCACCUCCAUCAUGCCCUGCAAUUAUGGCAAAGCCACAGAGUCAUUCUCCAAGUUUGUCACUCAGGAAGGGCUCAAGUGUGAGCGUGUGCGGGAGAUUCUGAUGAAGAGCAAGGAUGUGGACACAACAGCUUUGGUUGAGAGCUUGGCAGUUGUGUAUGCCCCCAGCAGUCCCAGGGUCUAUACUAUCUAUGAGCCUGUAAUUAGACUGAAGGGACAAGCCAAGACUGUGGUGACCCAACGACCCUUCAGCUCUAAAGAGGUGCAAAGUGUUUCCUUGGAGCCCAAUGCUCUCAAGGCCCUGCUGCCCACAGAAACCCACGGCCUGCAGAGUGUCCUGCACAAGAUUGGAGGGUCGGGGAAUUUUGUAUUCCUCUUUGCACAGACAGUGGAGCUGAGUGACUGUGAGAUGACGCAGGCUUUGGCCUUGCAUAUACUCUUGUCCCUGUCUAAGUUCAACCAGCAUCGCAUCCAUGAAAUGAACUGUUACCACGGCUACUCUAUGAUACACCAAGUUCUCAUCAAGUCCAAAUGUGUUGUUGGAUAUCAUAUGCUGAAAACUCUGUUGGUUGGGUGUUGCAGUGGGCCUAUUUUAAUCCUGGGGGAAGACGGUCAAUUCCGUUUGGACACGGAAUCCAUUGCUGUGGUGCAGGACAUCAGGCUGCUCUCAGAUGUCCUGUUGGACUGGAAGAUCUGGGCCAAGGCAGAGUGCGGCGUGUGGGAGACAUUGCUGGCAGCCUUAGAGAUUCUCAUCAGGGUGCACCACCCUUACCAGGUCUUUAACAUCCGUCAGUUCCUGAAGGCUGAAGUUGUGCACCGAUUCCUGCUCACCUGUCAGGUGUUACAGGAGCAUCGGGACGAGCAUCUGACUGCCAUCCCACAGGAAGUCUGUUUGUCCUUCAUCAAAAUAAUCCAGGAAGUAUUGGGCUCCCCUCCAGACCUGGACUUGCUCAAACUUAUCUAUAACUUCCUGCUGGCGGUUCACCCACCGACCAACACCUACGUCUGCCACACGCCAUCCAGCUUCUACUUCUCACUGCAUAUAGAUGGGAAGCUGUACCAUGACAAGGUACAGUCCAUUAUGUACCUGCGACACUCCAACAGCGGAGGGAAGUCUGCCAGCAGUUCAGUGUUGUCUCUUUCCCCAACAGUGUUCACAGAACCUUCCCAAGAAGGCCACCUCCAUGUUCCAUCUCCUGAGCACGGAGGUGAAGAUCAGUCUUUACGCCCUCCCAGUCUGGCACCAUCACCAUAUACUUCCCCUUCGCUUACACCCCGUCUCACGCGUAGUGGCUCAAAUGAGGCAGGUGACGUUGAGCGGGUGUCGCUCUCUACCCAGCAGGCUCUGGGCAGUACAGAAACUCUAAAAAAAGGAGGAGGAGGUGACGAGCAACUCCUGAGCAGUUGUGAAUCCGCAAAGACUAUCUGUGACUCGAGGGAAAUGGGCAAAGAAGGAGGUCAGCGCACCCCAUCCAUCAGCGUGGAGGAGGAGCGGGACGAGGCAGCCGAGGUGGACAGCCUGGCGGAAGGGAGUGUGGGCGUUGCAGAGUCUGAGGACAGGUUUGACUGGACUAGUGAUGAGGCGCCUCGACGUCCUGACAGCCUUAAAGGUAUACAGUCCUUCCAGAGGAGCCACAGCAACCUGGACAGUCUGGGAUUGGCUUUCCCAGCUACAAAUGGCUCUUUGGCAAUCAGUCGCUGGCCCAGUGCAGCUGAUCGAAGCUCUGUACCGGAAGACUGGGAAAGUUACACCUAUUCUCCUGGCUAUGAGAGAGCACACAGCAAAACUGAUUCCAACGACCGGUCCAGUACGGAGGACUGCCUGGUGCUCAUCUGCUGUGGCCUCUAUGACCUUCUGAGGGGUGUUCUGCUGCUGCUGCCGGACCUCAUGCUUGACGAAGUGAUGGACAAACUCAUCCAGCCCGAGGCCUUAGUUGUCCUCGUCAACCACUCAUCACCUCUGAUCCAGCAAGGCGUCAUGAAGCUGCUGGAUGCAUACUUCAGCAGAGCCAACAAGGAACAGAAGGAGAAAUUCCUGAAAAAUCAUGGUUUCUCCCUCCUAGCCAACCAGCUGUACAUCCACCAGGGCAGCCAGGGGCUAAUCGAGUGCUUCCUUGAAAUGCUGUUUGGACGGCCAGUGGGCAUGGAGGAAGAUUUGGAUCUGGAGGAAAUGGAAACAAUCUCACCCUUCACAAAGCGCUGUAUCAUCCCAGUUUUGGGUCUUAUUGAGAACUCUCUCUGUGAGAACUCGUUGGUGCACAACAUUCUCUGCAUGCUGCUGCAGCUUCUCAACGCCUGCCCCAAGCUGGCAGAUAUCCUGCUAGAUCACGGACUGCUCUACGUGCUCUUCAACACCCUCUCCACCCUCAAUGGCAUGGAGACUGGCAUUCCCCUGAAUGAUUACAAGCUCCUCGUGUGUGACAUCCAGCAGCUGUUGGUAGCUGUAACUAUCCACUCCUGCAGCUCUUCAGGGUCCCAGUACUUUCGCAUCAUUGAAGAUCUCAUUACAUUGCUUGGUUUCAUGCAAACCAGCAAGAUGCGGCGCACACAGGAGAUGGCAGUUGCCUUGCAGUUCCGUGUCCUUCAGUCGGCCAUUGAGUUCAUAAAGACCACAGCCAAUCAGGGACCUCAAAAGCUGAGCAGCUCCCACAAUGCACCAAGCUCUCCGCAUCACGCCAUUUAUCAGAAACGAAAGAGCAUUGCAGGCCGACGCCGCUUCUCUCUGGCCCAGACAGAUUCUCUACUUAUGCGAAUGCGCUCCGUAGCCAGUGACGAGCUCAACCAGAUGAUGCAGAGGAGAAUGAGCCAGGAGAACCCCAUUCGUGCUAGCGAGACUGAGUUUGUGCAGAGGCUGCAGAGGCUUGUGGUCCUUGCUGUCAACAGACUCAUUUAUCACGAUGUUAGUCAGGAUUUAUUUGACCUGCUGAACAUCCCCGAUUCUCCAGACCAGCAGCUUUUCACACCAGAAUCGGGAGACCAAACGCAUGAAGAGGGUGGCUCAGCGUCUGCCCCGCAUUCUCCUAUUCCCUUCACACUGCCACCUGCAAGCAAAAAGAGUUUACAGAAAGAUAUCCUCAAACUCAUGAUGGAUGGGAUUAAAAUCAGCCUGGGCAGUCCGGGUCGAGGUGGAGCCCCACACCAGCAGUGGCGAAGGAUCCUGUGGUCAUGUCGGGACACAUUUCGGGUCCAAAUUGGUCGCCUGCUGGUGCACACGCUGAGCCCUACUCGUCCCGUGUUCGAUAGAAAGGAGGCACUGGAAUUUGUUUUUGAUCCAAGACAUUUGGAUAUCCUUAAGGAGAGCCUCAGCCCCGGUCUCGAACAUGGACCCAAGUUGUCGCUGUACCUUUACGAGAUGCUUCAGGACCACAGGGACUGCCUCACCAAAGACGAACAGAAUGCCGUAGGCAUUUUCAUGACCUCGCUCAAGCUUUGUGGCCAUCGCUGCAUCCCACCCAACGUUCCACACAAGCAGGACCUGCUCAAGGCCAUUAAAGAGGAAAAAAUCAAGUAUGAAGCAGAAGAAAAAACAAGCAAAGUAGCAUGGGAAAAGAAAAUGACCAACACUCAGAGAAAUCUCAUCCAGAGGCUGGAUGGAAAGUCCAAAGAUAUUUCUAAGAUCGCGGCUGACAUAACGCAGAAUGUGUCUCUGCGUCAAGGCAUGGAGAGAAAGAAAGUCAUCCAGCACAUCAGAGGCCUCUACAAGACUGACCUGAGCGCCAGCCGCCACUGGCAAGAGCUGGUGCAGCAACUCACGCAUGACCGUGCUGUUUGGUACGACCAGACAUCCUACCCGACAUCCUGGCAGUUGGACCCGACUGAAGGCCCGAACCGUGAACGGCGAAGGCUCCAAAGAUGCUACCUCACCAUCCCAAACAAAUACUUGCUCAAAGACAGACGUAAGCCUGAAGACACAGUGAAGUCGCCGCUGUCGUUCCUGUUUGAGGAUAAGACACACUCGUCCUUCUCCUCCACUGUUAAAGACAAAGCUACUAGUGAGCCCAUCAGGUUCACUAGGCGCUGCAUCAGUGUUGCCCCCUCCAGAGAGACAGCAGGGGAGCUGCUUCUAGGGAAGUCUGGGAUGUACUUUGUCGAAGACAAUGCUGCAGACGCUCAUGACAGCCAGAGCCUCCAUGGUGAGACGGAGGCACCUAGCUUCUCUUGGACCUAUGAGGAGAUCAAGGAGGUGCACAAGCGAUGGUGGCAAUUGAGAGACAACGCUGUGGAGAUAUUCCUCACCAAUGGUCGGACACUGCUGUUAGCCUUCGACAACAACAAGUUCCGUGAUGACGUGUACCACAACAUCCUGACCUCUGAUUUGCCCAACCUGCUCGAGCACGGCAACAUCACGCCGCUCACGCAGUUGUGGGGCUCGGGCCAGAUCUCCAACUUUGAGUACCUCACACAUCUCAACAAGCACGCCGGUCGCUCCUUCAACGACCUUAUGCAGUACCCGGUAUUCCCGUUCAUCCUCCGAGAUUAUACUAGUGAGACACUGGAUCUGCAGGACGCCACCAUCUACAGGAACUUAAGCAAGCCAAUCGCCGUCCAAUCUAAAGAGAAAGAAGACCGCUACGUGGACAAUUACAGAUAUCUGGAGGAGGAGUACAGGAAGGGCAUUCGAGAGGACGACCCCAUGCCUCCUGUCCAGCCUUACCACUACGGCUCUCACUACUCCAACAGCGGCACUGUGCUGCACUUCUUGGUGCGGAUGCCACCCUUCACCAAGAUGUUUCUCGCCUACCAGGAUCAGAGCUUUGAUAUCCCGGACCGGACGUUUCACUCCAUGAACACCACAUGGCGCCUGUCGUCCUAUGAGUCCAUGACGGAUGUGAAAGAGCUCAUCCCUGAGUUUUUCUACCUCCCAGAAUUCUUGGUCAACAGAGAGGGCUUUGAUUUUGGGGUCCGUCAGAACAGUGAGAGGGUAAACCAUGUCAAUUUGCCUCCCUGGGCCCGCAACGACCCGCGUCUGUUCAUCCUGAUUCACCGCCAGGCGCUGGAGUCAGACCAAGUGUCUCAGACACUGUGUCAGUGGAUCGACCUGGUGUUUGGACUCAAGCAGAAAGGCAAAGCUGCGGUUCAAGCUAUCAAUGUCUUCCACCCAGCUACCUAUUUUGGCAUGGACGUAUCGGCAGUGGAAGAUCCAGUUCAGCGAAGAGCGCUAGAAACCAUGAUCAAGACAUAUGGGCAGACUCCCAGGCAGCUUUUCAACACCUCCCAUGUCAGCAGGGCUGGUCCCAAACUCAUGAUGGAGGGCGAGCUGCCAGCCGCCAUGGGUCUCCUGGUUCAGCUGGCCUUCAGAGAAACCCGAGAACAGGCUAAGGAGAUCAUCUGCCCUAGCCCACUACCGUGGAUCAAAGGUCUGAAGUGGGGCGAGUACGUGGGCUCCCCUAGUGCUCCCGAUCCGGUCGUGUGCUUCAGCCAGCCUCAUGGUGAGAGGUUCGGAUCACUACUGGCUCUGCCGACACGGGCCAUUUGUGGACUGUCACGCAAGUUCUGCCUCAUGAUGAUUUACAGCAAGGAACAGGGUGUCCGGAGCAUGCACAGCACAGACAUCCAGUGGUCGGCCAUCUUGAGUUGGGGCUACGCAGAUAACAUACUGAGGCUGAAGAGUAAACAGAGCGAACCGCCCAUCAACUUCAUUCAGUGCUCCCCGCUGCACCAGGUGACCAGCUGUGCUUGGGUGCCCGAUGGCUGCCAGCUAUUUACGGGAAGCAAGUGUGGAGUCAUCACCGCCUACAGCAACCGCUUCACUAGCACCACACCGUCAGAGAUGGAGGUGGAGUCUCAGGUUCACCUGUACGGACACACUGGGGAGGUGACCAGCCUGUUUGUGUGCAAACCUUACAGCAUUCUCAUCAGCGUCAGCACGGAUGGCACCUGCAUCCUCUGGGACCUCAACAGGCUUUGUUAUGUGCAAAGCCUCACAGGCCACAAGAGCCCCGUGACAGCAGUUUCUGCAAGCGAGACCACCGGUGACAUCGCCACAGUUUGUGAUUCAGUGGGCGGAGGUAGCGACCUGCGUCUGUGGACCGUGAACGGGGACCUCGUCGGACACGUGCACUGCAGAGAGAUCAUUUGCUCCGUAGCUUUCUCCAAUCAGCCGGAGGGCGUGUCUGUCAAUGUCAUCGCUGGCGGGCUAGAAAAUGGCGUCGUCAGGCUCUGGAGCACGUGGGACUUAAAACCAGUGCGAGAGAUCACCUUUCCCAAGUCGUGCAAACCUAUCAUCAGCCUGACGUACUCGUGUGACGGGCACCACCUGUACACAGCCAACAGCGAGGGCACGGUGAUGGCGUGGUGUCGGCGGGACCAGCAGCGCAUGAAGCUGCCCAUGUUCUACUCUUUCUUAAGCAGCUAUGCCGCAGGCUGAGCUUGUAUGUGUGUGCGCGCAUGUGUGAGAGAUGUUUACUAUCACCCAGGGGUGUCCUCGCUCCUCCCAUGGAGAGAAACAAAUGACAACCUCAAAUAUCCUGCUUGACUUUUAACGCAAGCCCUCCCAGCCAUAUUAUAUAAAUAUAUAUAUAUUAUACAGAGCGUACAUAGAGGAAUGUUUGGGUUGGUGGACUUGUGGCUGCAACAGACACUUUAAACACAAUGCAUUUCUGCAUGUGGCUUUCUUCUGUUUCCUGUCUUUUUUUUUCCUCUCUCUCCAUUAAGCUGCUAGCUUGGCUAAAUAGCCAAACGUUCCGUCUGUGGGCUUGUCUGCUCCUCUUUGUGAUGGGCCAAGAUGUCCUACUACUGCAUGCCAGAACGACACUUGACUGUAUGGAGGUGACAUGCUCCUCCUUGCAACUGUCCUUUCAGUCUAUUGUGUGGUACUGAUACGCCUUUUAUUUAUGACCUCGUCUUCAGCCCAUUGCACUACAUUGAAAGCCAUCAGCCAGCAACAUGAAGUAUAUUUCAGUAGAUUUAAAACCUUCCCGAAGCAUGUCUUCUUCCUUCCCCGAUCGAUCAUGCUCUGUGCUCUCUAACAGGCGACCAAGCAUCUCUGCUUUCCUGCAGAUAUUCUUUCCAUUCCCCGUCUACUUUGCUGCACAUUGUUCAUUAUCGUGGCACUUUUUUCUUUUGGUUUAAUAUUCACAGCCUGUCAACUUCGAUCAUCUCACAGAGAGCAAUAUCUGAUGACAUGCAAUAGGUCUUUUUUUUUUUUUUUUUUUUCAACUUUUUUUUUUUUUUUUGCCUUUUGAGCCUACCGCAGCAAUGUCUUACAUUUCACUCGUUUACAAGAAAGGGAAUAUUUGUUAUGAAGGAGCGUUUUUCUCCUUGUGUUACUGUCUUGAUUUCCUCGCCUCUUUACUGUGCUUACAUGUGCAUACAUUUACACAUUUUACCACAACCGUAGAUCAUCGUUUUUUUUCUCUCUUGCUACAAAAAGCAGCAUGAAGAAAUAUGCGGUAUAAUCAUUAAAAAAAAAAUAAAUGUUUUUUUUUUCUCCUCUAUGUACAUUUGAGCUAUGCAGAAAUGAAGCUUGUGUAAAGUUGUAAAAAAAACAAACAUCUUUUGUUGGAUUGAAUUAACCUCAUUGGGCUCGGUUGUGCAGUUGGGACCGAAAGUUUUGUUUGUAAUAUAUGUGUGUGUGUGUGUGUGUGUGUGUGUGUGUGUGUGUGCACGUGUGUGUAUAUAAACCAAAUGAUGACUAUAAAUAUUUGAAGACCUGUUUCACCGCCUGUGUCAGUUUCUUGGCAACAGUUAAAAAACACACAAAAGCAAUAGCUUUAAAAAUAUAUACUGUUUAUAUAGGUUAUGAAUUUGUAUUUGAUUGAGGGAUGUCUCCUGUAUGG